AUAAUAUGACACAAUGAUUGUUGUGGGUUCCUGAAAACCAAAGUCUAUAAAACAGAGACACUCAGGCAGUGUGUAAGAUUGUGUGAGUGCAGAAGAAUCAGUAAUGAUGAAAUAUUUGUAUCUUUUGUCUGUAGUGUUUUAUGUCGCUGCAGGCUGUGAUCUCUUUGGUGCUAAAAAAAAGGCAGUAGAAAUCACACGACACAAAGGUGGUUCAGUUCUGUUACCCUGCUCCUGUUCUAACCUGCACUCCAAACCUCAUACAUUCACCUGGAUGACCGACAGAACAGGAGAUCUGACUGAAAUGUUAAAUGAUGAACACUACCGUGGCAGACUUCAGCUGUUUAAUAAAUCUUCUCCUGGUAAUCUGUCUCUGCUCAUAUCUGACCUGAGAGAAGAGGAUCAGGGAUACUACAGGUGCAGCACUGAAAAGGGAUACAGAGACACAACAAUUUAUGUUAAAGGCUGUGAGCUGGUGAAGGAGGCAAAUGUAGAGUCUGUGACUGUGUUCACAGGAGAGUCUGUAGUUCUGCCCUGUGUCUGCACUGACCUACAGGACAAACCAAAGUCUCUUAAAUGGGACUUUUCAUUACGCACAGAAUCUGUAAGUAAUGGUUAUCAGGAAAUUUACCCGGAACAGACUGGAAAUCACAGAAACAGAGUUAAACUGGUCAGUAAAAGCUCUCCAGGAAACCUCUCUCUACUCGUAUCAGACUUGACUGAACAGGACCAGGGUUACUACAGAUGUUCUGUACAGGCAGAAGCAAAAGUUUUCAGACUACAUGUUAAAGUAGGAAGAAGAGAAACUUCAACACAACAGCCUCAGAUCACAACAAUCUCUGCAACUACAUCAUCCUCAACAACACUGGAACAAGCUAAACAACCACCACACAGCAACCUCCCUCUGGUUCUCAGCAUUGUGGCUGCUUUUCUGUUGGUGAUAGUUGGUGUAAUGGCAUUUAUUUGUUGGAGACGCAAAGGACGAAGAUGUGGAAAGAAGGUGAAAACUGAAGGACAUCGAAAGCAGAAGGAUCAGACUGUGCCUGAUGUUACUUACCGUAAUGUAAGCCACAUUCACACAGCCGGAGCAGCUCGGGUCCUGAUCAAUGUGGGAGAGCAUGAAUACGCCAGCUUUUACAAUGUAACAAUUUAAUCAAUGUAAAAUUUACAUUUACAAUGUAACAAUUUAAUCCGUAGUAAAUAUAUAGAAUAGUGCUAAAAAAAUCAUAGACUAGAUUAAAUACAUACCAUGGUAAGUAGUCGAUUCACAAUAUUGGCUUGAUUUUUUUUUUAUAACCAAAAAUUAUGUGAUUUUAAUAAUGUGUGCUGAUGUAUAAUCUUACAAAUCAUGUUUUUAGUGUAUGUGUGAGUUCUUCACUCUGUUUUGUGUAAGACAUAGUGUCCUCUUUUCAAUAAAAGCCAUAGGAUCUGUGGCUUACAUGGUCUCUGUGUGUGUCUAUGUGACCGUGUAUAUUUCUGUGCAUGUGUGUGUAGACACAGGCAUAAAUAUGUCUGUGUGUUUGUAAGGAACUACUAGGACAAUUCCCUUUCAGACCACCAGAGGGGGUGCUGGCAGGUUGAUUUUUUUCUCCUUGUAGAAGCUUCAUGUGAUCAUGUAAUGUGUUAUGUUACCUGAUCUUAAUUAUCCCUAAUGUGUUGCCUUAUUUAUACCUGCCCUUUCACAUCUGUCAUUGUCGAUUUAUUGAUUUUUUUUAUCACAUUCAGGUU